AUCUUUUUAUCUUUCUGUAAUUACAAAGCUUUUUGUUCCAAUGAACAACAAUACAUUUGAAGUUCUGGCGGAAGGCUCAGAAGAAGGAGAACGUACUGAAAUAGAGACCUUCAAAUUCACUGGAUUGGUAGCUGAUGCGAAAGUCUCCAUUCAAGAAGAAAGUUUUAACAAGAAUGAAUAUCCUUCUCACGUAUCUCUUCUGGCUUGUUCUGGAAAAUAUGGUUAUUUUGUUGUUGGUCAUAUUAAAGGUUUCUCCUUUGGACAAACAUCUGCACUACGAGCUGUCGUUUAUCGUACUGAAAAAGGUUCGACAACAAAACUGGACGAUAAAAUUAUUAUCUCUUUAAAUCAACCUGUACAUCACAUUCGAUUAUCCUCUGAUGAACAUUUCAUACUUGUUGGACUUGCUGACGGAUCCUUACUAUCAUAUCGCGUGACUGACCUUAUGGAACAGAAAGAAAAUGCUAAACCUGCUCAUUCAAUCAGUGUCAACACACCGAUCAUCGAUUUACGACCGAACACUGAGGCUUAUCCGGAAUUAGCUUGUGUUCUUUUGAAAGGUCAUCAAAGUCGCAUCAUCAAUUGGAAAACUGGGGAAAUUGUCGCUCAAUUACCAGAAUCUGAUUUCUCUGCUAUUAGUUGGUCACCCAAAGGAAAACAAAUCGUUUGUGGUCGUCUAAACGGAACUCUUGAACAUUAUGAUACCUCUGGUGUGAAAAAGGAUUCUUUACCCCCUCCUGAAUCUAUGCAAGCUGGUUAUGGUGAUGAACAAGUGAAUAGGAAUGUACAAGCUGUUCUAUGGAUUGAAAAUCAUCAAUUUCUCGUUAUUUAUUCCAGACCUCCUGAACCUGAGAGUGAUGAAUUUAUCAAUGAUGGUUAUGUUGUUGAUCGCAAACCCAAGGUUGGUACUGGCCCGAAAUAUACUCACUUGGCUGAAGUCACACCCAUAUUCUCUCCUGAAGGUCGCAAUAAUCACUUUUAUAUGGAAAUGAUACGUAACUUUGGUACCAAGUUCCUUCAUAUUAUUAUUUUGGCAAAUGGUGCUACGAAUGAAGUCUCUGUAGUUGGUGAAGAUGCUGAAGGAAACUGGUCAACAUGGGAUUUACCUGAAAACGGUAUGGCGAGCUUACCUCUCUCUGAAGAAACUAAUUUUGAUACCUUUCCUCUUGGUCUGGCCCUUGAUUUUACUGCUUCUGAAAAAUUACCACCUUAUGAUCCAAGUGAAAGCGAUGUUGGUGUUGAACCUGUACCAGUACUUUUCCAUCUGAACGAUGAAGGUCAUAUUGGCUCUUUCCAUUGCUACAGCGAAGAAUUUGCAAGUUCCGGACAAAAAUACCAAGGCAUGCAGACGCCAACUACACUAUCAUCUACUUCUGAACCAAUAACAACAAUAACAACAACAACAACAACAACAGCGAGCACGACUUCCAUUCCUACUACUACUACUACGACAACUACACCCAAACCAGCUUUUGAUGCUAACAAGGUUGGAACAACAACAUCUUCUUCUCUACUCUCUUCAUCUGCCUUCUCUUCGGGUCCAUUUGGUGCUGCAUUACAAUCAGGAUCAUCUGGUACAAGUUUUGCAUCAUUGACCAAGGUGCAAGGUGCAACCACUCCUUCUUUUGGCAAUCUACAAGGAUUUGGAUCCCUUGCCAAGAAUACUGUAUCGAACGCUGUUACUCCCAGUUUUGGAUCAACUACUAGUUUUGGUUCUAUGGGUCAAGGUUCUACGACAACACCUUCUUUUGGUUCUACCACUAGCUUUGGAUCAUCAGCUACAGCAACUCCUGCGUUUGGUUCUACUACUGGUUUUGGAGCUCUAGCAAAGAAAGAAUCAACUACAUCAGCAACGCCUGCAUUUGGUUCUACCACUGGUUUUGGCGCUCUAGCACAAAAGGAUACAAGUGUAACAACAUCCACACCUGCAUUUGGCACUACGACUGGAUUUGGCGCUCUAGCGAAAAAUGAAGGUAUGACUUCAAGUACUAUGCCAUUUGGACAAACUGGUUUUGGCUCAACUUCUACUGGUUUUGGUGCGUUUGGACAGAAAGAUACAAUAUCAACAUCAGCAACAACUACUCCUACAUCUGGAUCUUCAUCGAGCUUUGAAAUUGUGAACAAAACCGACACUACUGCUGAUGAGCUUUCUUUGGAGAAGGGGAAUGAUGAUAACAAGGCUGUGUCGAAGGCUGAAGAGGUGGAAAGCAAGGAUCAACAGGUUGAUCAAGACGAACGACCCAAAAUUGGCGAGGAAAUUAAGACAACGACAAUAACUACAACAGAAACGACAAAGGGUGAAAUAGAAGAGGAAAAGACUACGGAUAAAACUACUACGACAGACAGUUCAAACGUCACUCCUUUUACAACCGUCGCUAAAUCUACGGGAAGUUCAGCUCAACCUCAAAGUACAUUUGGAUCGUUUGGAACAGCUGUCAAACCCACUACAGGGGAUGCAGCGAAAUCAUUCAGUUUUGGUUCCUUGGCGAAAAACACUGUACCUGGCGCUGUGACUCCAUCAUUUGGAACAAAUACUGGUUUUGGUGCUUUGGCGAAAAACACUGUACCUGGUGCUGUGGCCCCAUCAUUUGGAACAAGUUCUGGUUUUGGUGCUUUAGCCAAAAAUACUGUACCUGGUGCUGUUACUCCUACCUUUGGCUCUUCUUCUUUUGGUACUCCAGCUCCUAAAGCUAGUAUGUUUGGAACCUCGACUUCUACUACAGCUUCUUCUGUUGGCUUUAGCGUACCAGCGACAACAACAACGACGACGAAAACAAUAACAACACCAACAGCAGCUACGCCCAUCACAACUCCUUUGCCCGAUAAAAAAGUCUCUAGCCCUUUGACAGCUGAAAAAGUGGAACCGAAAUCAAUAGUCAAGGAAGAAGAAAAGGAAGAAAAAGCCGAAGAAUUAGCAGAAAAGGAACCAUCACCGAAAUCCGAAGCGAAAGAGGGUAUGGCCAAGGAAUUCGAAGCUCUCUUCUUCAAGAUUUCAGCAGAAUUGGAAAAGCUUUCUUCUUUACAGGUUGAAUUUGGAAAACAAUUACAACAACAUGACCAACAAUUGAACAGUAUGACGAACAAAGUACAAGAUUUGACAGAUUGCGUACAACAAUGGCGAUCAAAUGGAUGCAAUGAACUUGGUACUGUGGCGGUUACUGUCACUGAAAAAUUGAAAGACUGCAAUAUCAAGGAACAAGAAGAACAAAUAGCCAAACUGGAAUUGAAGACUAUGGAAUUGAUGUCUAAAAAGGGUCAAGUCAAACAUUGUUUGGAAACAGAAGAAGAUGCCAAUCUGAUUACUCUUCUCAAGGAGCGUGAAUUGGAUGAAUCUACGCGUGAUGAAUGCGAAAGACUGGAAAACCGAUGUGCAAGCAAUGGCAAACUUUUGGACGAAUUGGAAUACCGGAUUGUUGAUAAGAAGAACAAACAAAAAAAGUUGGCUUCAGAAGAUACCAGGAACUUCUCAUUUUAUGACUUCCAUUGCGCUAUUCAAGAUGUGGAAAGAGAUUUAAGGAAAAAGGAUAGCGAAGUCAAGGCAUUGGAACAAAGGUUAUCUGUACUUCGAUUCCAAGAAAAUCAACGCAAAGCAGAGCAGUCCCCUUCAAGAAUUACGUUUGAAGAUCUCACGGAUGAUGAUGACGAUGAUGAAGAGGUUAGAGAAGGAAAUCAAGGAUCUGGUGAAUCUACAAAUGUUACUCGUGGUCAAUUCUCCGGUGCGCAUAUCGAUUAUACUGUUAAGUACAUUCAAGGUGAACAAUUUUUGAACAAGUUAUAUGAUGUUACAAGUAAACGAUCACCUUUAUCUGUCACUGUGGAUAUUUCUGGCAAUGAAUUCAAACAAUGAUCUUCCUUGUAUCUCCUCAUUUUUUUUCUUUUUACUUCUCUUAGUAUAACAUCUUUAUUUUUCAUAUCUUCCCAUACAUAGCACUCCUUUUUUUUUUAUUAUUCUUUUCUUGCUUUUUUAUCAUUUAUCAAACAAUAUAAAUAAAACAAAUUGAUCAUCCA